UUUGUAUUUGUAAUAGCUCUCAGCCUGCAGGGGACGGAGAGUAGCAUCGGUACAAACAUCUAGACUCGGAAAAACGUAUCAACAUGACCGGCACGAAAGAAAAGAGAUUUAUCUAUCUUGCUUCUGUUAACCAUUCAUUGCAUUCGACAUCGGUCGCACAGUCAGAUCAUGCAUGAUGGGCACGAUGAUUAGUGCCCAUACGUUCGGUUACUUGGCAUUAGGUGGAUCGGUCGAACGACACAUUAUAUAAUUUUGCAGGCGGAGCAGGAGACUAAGUACUUGAUAGUCGAUAUGUCGUGGUCCUGGUGCUCACAAACUCACGUGAUCUUGAAAGUAUUUAUAGGUCACGACAUCAAUUGAGUAACAUACUUGUGGGCUCUUGCUACUUGCUACGCUGCAUCUGUCUGAGACAGAAUCAACAUGGUGUCUUUCCCUUUCGGUGCCGUGAUUAGUAAUCACUCGAACAUUUAGUUGCCGUUCUUUCGAAGAGAUGUCCGUGCAUGGAACAAGUUGUCUGCAUACAGAAGCAGGCCACGCACAAAGCAUACAGUCAUUGAGACCAAUUGGCCCUACUUUGACUUUUGUUUGUUGGAAAAAUAAUCUUGUUCUUGACGCAUCAUUUCAAGUCACGCGAAUUUAGUAUUUUGAAGUGCCGUGUAGUUUACUGUGGCUGCUGCUUCAUGGACUAUCUGUAACUUUGCUGUAAGUUUUCUUUUACAACUCGGGUGCUUUUGUGCCUGAACUUGAUAGUACGAGGCGAAAGCGCAACCACCCAAUGUACCAACUAUGAUUUAUCCUGCUAGAAGAGUAAUAUCUUUGUCUACUUUUUGUUUUUGAAGCGCACAAAAAACGAAAUGCUGAGAACAACAAGCAGGGUUUCGUUCGGCAGGUCUCCGAUACUAGGCACGACGAUUUUAUUCGCCUGGCAGUACUGUGGUCCCUCUUGGACCUCCCCAAUUUUCCUGUGCAAGGCUCUGAGACUUCUGGAGCACCCAAAAGUGCAAAGUCUCCAAGCGAAGAACGAGACCAAUUUGUUCGUGGACACCGACCUGGGGGAAGAACAACCGCAACCGGACCCGCGAGCGAUCGACGGCGGACUUCUACUCGUGUACGGGCCGGAACAACAGGAUCGCGGCAUCAAGAAUGCGCAACGAUUUCAAGCAUCGACGUGGGUUCAAGAAACCGCGUUGGCAGUGGCACUGCACGAAGCAGAGCAAGCACAAAAUUAUGCGUGGUACGUUUACGACGGGGAACUGUCGCAGGCUUUUGCGGGGUGGUUGGGUAGAGCCUUGCUAGACCACCUUGACAACUUAGAGGAGCAGCGGAAGAAUUUCUUACCAGAAUUUUUUCCGUGGUGGCAGGACCCGGCUGGUCAUGCAAACACGAUUCUGGAAGCGAUGCGAGAGGAUUUCGGUUCGGGUAGCAGCUGGUUGAGCACGACCUCUCCAGCAACACGCAGAAUCCGGCUGCAGAAGGACUUUAAUGCUAAUCCACGGGACCAGGAUGCAGUGAUGAGGGAAAAACAAAACUACGUAGCCAGUAUACCACCUGUUAGCGGCCUUCCAGCGGACUUCUACCCAGCUGGCGGGAGCGGGUCAAAUCUCCUUGGAAGGGGGAGCUAUGGGAGCGUUCAGCCGCUCAGAGGGCCACAGGAACCGCCACUCAAUCCGUAUGGGAAGUACGCGCGAAAAUGCCAACGCAUGUUGGUAAACCUGCCAGAACAACAUGAAAGCAUCGCUGCUUCAUGGUGGAUCAAUUUUAACAGAGUGUGGUGGAGCGAGCGAAUGGUCGAGAUUUUCCUUCACCGCUUUCUGACCUUGCGAGAGAAAAAGAGGACCACUCUCAGUACAUCUGCUUCUGGGGCGGGGAUGCAUUGCGUUCCACACCUCCACUCUCUAACAGCCGCAGUUUUUCAAAAGCAACAAGUCCCAGGUGAGAACGGCAGCGCGGAAAACACUUUGCUUGAAGUGUGCAUGAUAAUGGAGCGCGGGCAGCCUCUUGGGAACAGGGCGAAGAAGUCACACGCUGGUCGCUUGACAAAGGAGACAUUUGAUCCUGAUGCUUUCACAGACCAUUUUCGACGUUGCCUUGCAGACGUAUGGCGUUGUCACGCGUUAGAUAUUAGACUACCGGUGCACCCUGCAGCAUAAUUUUCCGCAGCAGGUUCUACUUAAAUCUUGUGAUUUAUCGGGUUGAGUGCAAAAAAAAAAGAAAUUGAAAAAGGAAAACAUACAGAUGCACGACAUGGACGUAGUCGCGCACUAUGUCUAUGACCGCUUCCUGCAUAUGCAAACAAAUGUGGCACGUCGGACUCCCCGAGUGCUAUUCAGCAGGUCAGAAGAUUCCACCGGUUCCAUCCAGCAGGCUUCGACACGAGCCAAACGGUUCCAAUAGAUGAUGCGGAAGGUGAUAUUACGCUUGAGUAUGUGUAUGAAAAUAAAUCUUCACCAAAAUAUAUGAGGUAGAAUGCAACAGGGGUUCAUUUUUUAAUGUUUUUGUUUGGCAACGCCAUAAGACUUCGAGAAACUCGGCCUUGUCCAUCAGGACCUCAAUCCGAAUAAUGUCGCCUUGCCUUUCCUGCUCCACAGUGACAAGCCUGUUGCGCGUGCUCUGCACAACUACAGGAGAGGGGUAACAACAUCUGUGGAAAAAGCGCGGCUUUCUCGUCCACUCAUUCUCGACUUCGGGAUUUCGGUACUGGUUCGAUGGGAGGCGUCCACUGAUCCCAAACGGCUCAUGAACGUGUUUUUCAACAAUGUUGAUUUGUCGACAGACUUGCCGGGUACGGCGGGCUACGUAUCCAGGCGAAAACACUCAUCGUCAUCCAAUUAGUCAUGCAAAACAUGCAUAAUGUUCAAUGUUUGUGGUGGUCGUCAUGCAGAAAAUGGAUAGAGAUGGGUGCUUUUCCAGGAUCUUGCGUUGACUUUGCACAUUUUGAACACUUUCGGAAAGAACCUCACCAGUGUAACAAACAAUUCUUGGCUCACCCGAGGACGGACCUGUAUGAGUAGUAAAAACAGAUCCCCGUAUGACCCCAUACACAGUCAGGAUGAGAAAGAAUCUGCUUGGCAGGAUAUCCAGAAGUUUUGCUUCCGGCCCGCACGCGUUACAAGUUUGAAUUUGCACUGUAGUCAGGCCGAGCUGGUGCAGCCGCUCGGCAAACCUGCUCAACACCUGUUAUUUUGAGGAGUAGCAGAGCAGAACAAAUUUCCGAACACAACUAUAACAAAAAAAAGGCAGGAGCUGCCGCAGGAGGGUGGAUGCGCACGAGAGAUCUUCUGCGCACCAACACCAUGCAGCUUCACAUGAGAUGAAAUGCGGGGUCGCUGUUACGUUUUUGCACAUGAUAAUCUGAUUGGCUUCUCCUUCACUGCGUUCGAGCUGCUUGGUUUGCAAAGAAAAAAGUCGGGAUGCAGUUGCACAUUGUGUCGCACGAGGCGGUCAAGCAAGGCAGACAAGCUCUGUCAUGCCAGCAGACGUGCUCGGAAGUCUAACUAGAUGCAUACGUGUUUCCUUUCUUGUCAUCUCUACUGCAUUGCAAAGCUACAAGAAGUAAAAAGUUAUACGGGUUAAAAUGGGUCAGCUCCGGGCUCCUUUUAUAUGGGGCGUCGCGCUUAUUUGCUUGCUGGCAAGGCUAAAAUUAAUAUCGAACCUCGGGUGUGGUACGUUCCCGACAAGCCGGCUUUCUGUGCGUGGAGACAUAUCGAGGUAGUGCUUGUUUUUGCAUGUUGAGGUCGCCGAAGGUGCUUCCUCACCCACCCCCAGGCAAGAGAUCUUCGGCCUGUGGCGCUGGGGGCGGGGGAUGCCCACUACCUGAUGAUGAUGGAAGGAACAACAACAAACAAUGUGUCAUUGUGUUUCUUUUUCCUUGUGAUACUGGGUGAAGAGGACGCCAACAUUUCUCCUUUCCGGCAGUGCCUGACGAAGCUCGAAGGUUGGGACCUAUCGCAGGAAAUCAAAGUCAAGGCGCCAACGUGAAGAUCGCAAUUUCAUCAAUAUCAGUUUGAAUUUGGGAAGAAGAUGCAAUAACGCAUGAAGAUAGAUGGAAUGUACUGUCAACAUGUCCAUGUGCGAUUGCAAUUAGCUGUGUAUUGAAACCGUUAACGCCAACACUUUAAUUUUUCUGGUUGAUCAGCAACGGAAAAGGGAAUGUCUACGCUCGAGGCGACAGAUGUUGAACUAGAGGAGACUCUUCGAGGAAAUGUCUGCUCGAAAAUAGAACCAUUUUGGAGAGGCACGGACCGAGACACGGCGGCUCCCUGCGCCGAAGGUUUCCGGGUGGACGAGCUCAUGGGCAAUUCCAAGGCCGGCUUCCUGGGAGGAACCGCUUUCGUGGGCAAGCUCAGGGAACGCGGAAGCCAAACGUUGACGAAUACCGCCAUGACUAUUCUCUCACCCUUGUUGUUUGCGGAUUGGAGGGACCGAAGUUUCUUCAUAUCUCCGGCGGACGGAGCUCCAGGUGGCCUACAACCCGACGAUGAUAGGCGAAUUAGAGCAUCUCGUAAAGAUGAGGAGACGAUCGAAUGGAAAAACAAAAAGGAUCAGGUCAUGCAGGAACUGCGCGGAGCGAUACAGGCAAAGGUAGCGCAGUUGCAGUCUCGAGAGGAUGCACAGUGGGCGCGUGAAGCGGAACUUGCUGUACGUCACGCGGAGGGUUUUGCUGCUCGUCGUGGGCCCGUGAAUGGGCCUCGAGGUCUGGGGAGAAAGUGAACCUUGAUCAUUGAAGAAAAGAAACAAAGUAAGAUAUUGCAGCAGCUAUUGUGCCUUUCCACAUAGAGAUCAACAUGAACAUCUUUUCUUCGUCUCCAAUCAUACGGGCUCCGCAGGAGCCAUGAGUGGAGGUGUUCUUUAUCUUUAACUUUAUCUCCAAUAGGGUUUAUGCAAAUGCUGCAUGAUCAUAGUCAUACACGACGUAGACUUACACUUACACAGCAUCAUCAUGUGGUCUAUCAUUGAUUCAAAAGAACGCUAGUGGUACUUACACUUUUUUCUCUAUACAUAACUUUGAGAUUGAAUUUUGAAAAGCGAAAGAAGCAGUUGCCUUCUUUCCCAGAAAUCGAAAUGCAGAAGCCUGCUUCUCCAGGAAUGCGGGUAUUUUUUUCACAAUUUUGUAUGAAGCGCGCGCCAUCUUCUUUCCACAACACGGGCGAACAGUUGGAAAGAUUUCACAUUGCUGCGUCCCUAGAAUUUCACUUUCGCUAUCGCUAUGUAGUUUCUUCGUUAUCUUAAUCUUUCUACAACAACUAAAUUUGCCUUUUAUCCAACAUCAAUUUUGUAUACUCACGCUCACCGCUUCAUGUGAAUAUCGUGUCUGAUGAUCUGUGUCAUUCUUAUUUGAUUUAGAUUAUUGGAGUAAGUAGAAGUACACGGACGAUCGGAGCAGCUGUUUUUGUGAUUGUGUUUGCAGGACUUAACCUCCAAGACGUCCGCUGUAGUGCUUCUGUGGCAAUCGUGGUCGGUUCCUGAUGUUACGCAUGUACAUGUAGCUCCGCCAAGCAGAUAUCCGCCAACGAUUAUUCGCUAAGCAGAUACAGUCCGACUCCAACGGGCGCAACAGAUCGCGAAAGUCAUGACACACAAGAAGUAGCAGAUCCAGACUCGUCCUCCUGGUCCUGCGGUUGAAAGUGUGAACGUCAGUAGAUCUGAAUUUAGUGUUAUACGUGAGCUCCUCAGCCUAAAUGGAUUGUGUAUUCGAAAAAAACCGAUCCUGUUCCUCAACGGCGCAUGAUAGUAUCGUGUCCGUUCGAAGAAGGAAGUUUACCGCAGCAC